AUGGCCCCCGUCGACGACGCUCACCUGUCGGUGCGGUUCAAGCACGGCAUCCACACCAUCUACCUCUUCGUCGACGCCCUGGAGCCCAUGUCCAACGUCACACAGCUGCUGCGCGAGGUGCUGCAGGAGCGGUACCCCUCCGGCCUGACCACGUCCGUUGCGCCGCCCAAGCAGACGCCGGUCCCGGCCGACGCGAAGCUGGCAUACGCCGUGCUCUCCGUGCCAAACGACCCGUCCCGGGGAUGGAAGCGGCUAAAGGUCGGCGCCGACGAAGAGUUUACGCCGACCAAAUGCGGCCUUGCGGACAACUCGGUUGUGGCAUUUGCAGUCCUCGGCGCUGAUCACGACGAUAACGACGAUGUUCAGUUUGAGGUGGAGUGGCCACGCGUCGACGAUGAGCUUUACGAAGAGGGCGGCUGA